UGCCGUGUCGAACUACUGUAGAAAAAGAAAAGACAAAAUACAUUCGUUUAUAACCAUACGUUAUGUGUAAAAUCUCAUAAUAUUAAGUAUUUAGUGAUUAAUUACGUAAAUCGAAUUUGAAUUGUGAAUAAUGGGAAGCCAUCAAAGCCACGAGAAGGCAGGUGUACAGGAUGGGAGUGAAUCGAGUACUCCGCGAGGAGGAUCACAAAGGGGUUCCACAUCUCGCUCAGGCUCCGGCGGUGACCUCCAGGGUCUGCAGGAGAAGCCACUACUGUCUAUGGUUCCAGUAGAAAAUCUGGGCAAGCUGCUGGUACAACGGUCACAGAAAGAAGAUGGCGUCAACGGGGUCACGGAGAAUUCGUUUAUUAAAUACUUGUUCCCAAUGUAUCCGGAGCUGGCGCGACAGUUCUACAAGUAUGUGCACCGGGUAGGCAAGUGCAAGAGCCAACACAUCCCGCUGUCCACGUUCCGGCAGCAGUGCGAGAAGAUACUCGGCCUCCUCGACGAUGCGGUCAUCAUCGAGACAUACGUCAGAAUGUUCGGUGCCGAAACGGACGAUAACAUGGUGACACCGGAUGGCCUUCAGAAACUCCUGUACAUUAGCUACAAAUUGUCUAUGGACCAUUAUCCUGAAGGACCACAAACCUGUCUUAUGAUUCACAAGACUCUAGCGGCGGUGGUGAAUGGCUGCUUCAACAAUAAAGAGUCGCAUAGCGUGGGCUUCGUGGUGCGCUGGCUCGAGGAACAUUGUCACAGACUUAUAUUCCCCGUCCACAGGUACUGCGUGCACCUGCUGGCGACGCGGCACCGCGACAUGGAGGCGCGCGUGGAGUCGAGCGGCAGCGGCGCGGGGCUGGAGCUGGCGACGCCGGUGCUGGAGCGCGCGGCGUGGGCGGCGUGGGCGGCGGCGGGCGCGCUGCUGCCGCUGGCGGCGGCGUGGCUGGUGGCGGGCGCGGCGCCGCCGCUGUACUCGCGGCCGCUGCGCGCGCCGGCGGCGGCGCUGCCGUCGGCGGCGUGGCUGGCGCGGCUGGUGUGCGCGCUGCCGUCGCACUGGGUGCCGCUGUACCGGUCGCGCGACCACGGCGCCGGCGCCAACCGCUUCCUGCACCACUCGCUCGCCUACCGCGGGCCCUCGCUGGCGCUGCUCGCCGCCGGCGACCUGCUCGCGGUGCUCGCCGUCGACUCCGAGUGGCGCGAGACGCACCGCUACUGGGGCGGCCCGGACUGCGCGCUCAUGCAGCUGUUUCCCACGUUCUCGGUGCUGGAGCGCGGCCCCCGGAUGGUGUACCUGAACACGUCCAUCCGCGGGUACCCGCUGGGGCUGCGCGCCGGCAGCGACCCGCGCCGCCCGCUGCUGGCGGUCGACGACGGGUUCGACGCCCUCACCUUCCAGGGCGUGCCCUACACGCUGGACGCCGUCGAGGUGUGGGGCUGCGGUGACCAGGCGUCGCGGGAGACGCAACUCGAAAUUAAGAAAUGGCAAGUUCGAGAGGCCGAGAGACAACGACAGGUGAAGUUAUCAGCCGCCGACUGGAUCGAACACCCGGACCGCUAUCUGCUGGAGCUGGCCGGCCGGCCGCAGUACAACAACUCGGCCAGCUAGUCCCACGAACCCCACUAGUGGGCAACACUAGCUAACGGCGCAUGUGACCACGCGGCACAAACUUUAUAGUUUACAAGUCGCUCCAUGUACGGAGUUAUAAGUGCGAGUGUGUUUUACAAGAACUGUGCAUGUAAAUGUAAAAAUUGGGAGAGAGAAUAAUGAAUUUCAUUUCAAAAUAUAUAUUGUAUAUUCAAAUAAGUCCAUACAAAAGGCUUUAGACAGUACAUUUUUAGUUAUCAUCAUCAUCGCAGCCUGGAAGACGUCCACUGCUGAACAAAUGCCUCGCCCAAAGAUCUCCACGACGAUCCUGCGCUGCUCGCAUCCAAUGCCUUCCAGCGAUCUUGACCAGAUCGUCGGUCCAUCUUGCUGGAGGCCUUCCCACUCUGCGUCUUCCGGUCCGCGGUCGCUACUCGAGGACUUUACUGCC